CACCCUAUUUAGCUGCAUUAAAGCUUCUGGUGAUGAGAGGAGAUUAUUUUAAUCAAAUAAUCAAUGAAGUCUGGCUUCGCUGGUCUGAAAUUGGGCAGAGAAAUCUUCCGCCACAACACUCAUUGAAAAAUUUGAGGGUUUUACAACUCGAGGGAGGCUACUUCGGGAAAACCCACUUAGAAGAGUUGUGGGAGGCUGAGAGUGACGCCCCCCUACAGUUAAGAGAGUUGGUUAUAUCUAAUUGCUACAACUUCCAAAGACUUCCAAAUUCAAUAGGGUGCCUCAUUGAGUUGAAAAAGAUAGCAAUCACAGGUAGCAGCAAUGUUAGGAGUCUGCCAGAAGAAAUUUUCCAUCUGCAAUUGCUGAGCAUCUCACAUUAUCGGGUUGUGCAAAGCUAUCAUCAUUACCAAAGAGUUUCGGCGAUUUGGCAAAUCUGCAAUAUCUAGAUUUGUCUAGGUGCUUUGACUUGAAGAGGUUACCAGACUCUUUUAAGAACUUGAUACUACUGCAAUAUCUCAAUUUACAGGGAUGUGGAGACCUCAUACUUAGGUCAGAUGAUUUUCAAAAUAUUACAAAGCUGGAGUUUCUGGAUCUUUCUGGGUGCAAUCAAUUGGAAGAGUUGCCUCGUCCUAUCACAAACCAGGUGUUUUUGAGAGAGUUUUAUUUAGAUGAUUUGCAGAGGCUAAGGGAGAUUAAAAUCGGUCAACUAAGCAGGCUGCAAAAGAUGGUAAUACGGAGUAAGUUGUUGAUAAGUUUACCAAACUCUCUUGGAGAUUCGGUCUUCUUGACUAGUCUUUCAAUUAGUAGUUGUCCCAGCCUGAAAUCUUUUAUACCCUCUCUUGAAAAUUUGUCCUCCUUGACUAGUCUUUCAAUUAGCUGUUUUGACAGCCUGAAAUCUUUGCCGAACUCCUUUGGAAAUUUGUUCUCUUUAGCUCAUCUUUCCAUUCGGUAUUGUGACAGCCUGAAAUCUUUACCGGCCUCUUCAGAAAAUUUGGCCUCCUUGACUCAUCUUUCAAUUGAUGGUUGUCGAAAGAUGAAAUGUUUACCGUUCGCUGUCGGGUGCCAUAAUCUCUUAGAGCAUUUACUAAUAUUUCAUUGCCCAAUCAGCCAAGUAGAUUUUGAGGCGGCGCCUUCAUCUUCUACGUUGAGCAACCUGAAGCAGAUCACUCUAAAUGGAACCGAAGUGUGCAGGAUUUCAAUUCCUGAAGACCAUUAUCCCCGCCUUUAAGAGUCUAGAUCUUCUUUAUAAUGCUCAGUUAAUGGAGAUUGAAUCACUGCCAGUAAAGCUUGAACGUCUGCGUAUACAUUGCCGUCUAAAGUUGGAGAAGCUUCCGAGCUUUGCACGUUUAACUUCUCUUAGAGAAUUUGAAGUUAAAGAGUGUGACCAAAUUGGGAAAAUUGAAGGUAUAGAAGGAUGCACAAGAAUGGAAAAAUUGGCACUAAGGACCUGUUGGGAGGUGUCGAGCAUAGGAAAUUUAGAGCGCAUGAGGAAAUUGAAGGAGGUGGAACUCAGAGCAAACAAGGGAUCAGCUAUUGGAAGAUCCAUCAGAACAAUACAGAAUUGUCCAGAUGCAAUGAUAAUAUAUGCGGGGACAGUUCCUGAUGCGUCCUCACUUGUGGAUUCCUUCAAACUUGGGCUGUCUCCAAAUCUUUCAGUUGUCGACUCCUUCUCUAACAAGGAUAUUUCCUCCAAACCGGAAUUGCAUUCCCCCAUUAGCACUGCCAUUAUGCUCUGUUUCAUUGUAGAUGCUGCUUCUUCUUUAAUAUUGUCUUCGGUAUUCGAGGAGGGAAAUGGGUAUUCUUGUGUCUUCCGUAUUGGAGAGGGGAGAUGGUCAUUGAUCGCUGUCUUCACAUAACAUUCAGAAUGGCUCGAUGCAGAGGGUCACUUCAGCCUAUUUUUACCUUAUUUUGAACGAAAUGAAAAAGUAUAAGUGGAGAGAGGUUUUGCUGUGACAGGAGAAAAGAAAAUGGUAAUGGAGGCAUCAUUGAGACUUAUGCAAAGCAUUUGGAGCUAGUAUUAUUUUAUUUGUAUGGGGAACUGGAAAGUGCGGACAUAUUGUCACUUUUACCAAGCAUUUAGAGGUUAUAUUAUUUUUAUUCCUAA